AUGUACCUCAUGCAGGGGAUAAAUUCGUUAUAUCUGCCGCCACAAGUAGCUCGGAGCUCCCCUCUCUGGUUACCAGACUCCCAAAAUAAACCAUUCAAACGUCAGAUUCUUCUUCUCAAAUUCAUAUCCCCACAAACGAUGCCGUUCCCUCUUCCUCGUCUUCUCAAUUCAAACAUCUAGUAUGCAAUCAUCCUCACUACACUCUUACCCACCCACCAUUUCCCCCCCUAAUUCACUCCAUUUACCGCCAAAAGCUUCACUUCCUGUUGGGAGCAAACUUCGUCACACCUCAAGAAUGGCUUCUCCUGGUGGGUUUAGAGUUAUCAGGUCCCGGCAGCAGCGGACGGCUGGUUCUUCUUUAACUCUCGAUGUAGCUGAUGAUGAGGUCUGUACCCUAAUGGAGUUUGUGGGAAAGGGAGGAAUUAAUGUGGGAGAUGAUCUGGUGGUGCUCCUCCAUCACAUACAGUAUGCUUGCAAGAGAAUUUCUGCUCUCGUGGCUUCGCCUUUCAGUUCCACUCUUGGAAAGCAGAAGGGUCUCGCUGGUGGGGAUGGUGGGUCCGGCAGAGAUGCGCCAAAGCCGCUCGACAUUGUGUCGAAUGAAAUUAUUUUAUCUUCUCUUCGAAAUUCUGGAAAAGUGGCAGUCAUGGCUUCUGAAGAAAAUGAUGCUCCUGUCUGGAUAAAUGAUGAUGGUCCAUAUGUUGUGGUUACAGAUCCUCUUGAUGGUUCUAGAAACAUAGAUGCCUCCAUACCGACUGGAACUAUAUUUGGCAUUUAUAAGCGCCUUGUGGAACUAGAUCAUUUACCGAAAGAGGAGAAGGCAGUUGUGAACUCACUUCAGUGUGGGAACAAGCUUGUGGCUGCUGGCUAUGUUCUCUAUUCUUCAGCUACGAUACUCUGUGCUAGCUUUGGUUCAGGAACCCAUGCUUUUAUGUUAGACCAUUCAACUGGAGAUUUCAUUAUAACACAUCCAAAUAUCAAAAUUCCUCCUCGAGGACAGAUCUAUUCUGUGAAUGAUGCACGGUAUUUUGAUUGGCCUGAAGGUUUAAGAAAAUACAUUGACACUGUAAGACAGGGAAAAGAAAACCCUAAGAAGUAUUCUGCCCGUUAUAUAUGUUCUUUAGUUGCUGAUUUCCACCGGACGUUGUUGUAUGGUGGAGUGGCAAUGAAUCCAAGAGAUCAUCUUCGUCUGGUGUACGAGGCAAAUCCUCUUAGUUUUCUCGUGGAAGAAGCUGGGGGUAAAGGUUCUGAUGGUAAACAUAGGAUUCUUUCGAUUCAACCAGUCAAGCUGCACCAGAGACUGCCUCUGUUUCUGGGGAGUCUGGAAGACGUGGAAGAGUUGGAGAGUUAUGGAGAUGUUCAACAGAAAGUAAAUCCUGGAUAUGAAGUUUAAUACUGUACUAUCUUCAGCAUUGUUGGUUAAAUAAUGCCAAAGCAUUAGCAGGUUCUCCAUUUGUUAAGAAUUCAAAAUUUCAAUUUUUGCGAUCUGUAUAAUAAGUCAUUCUAGCUUGUUGCUUUGUAUCGCUCCAACCUGCUUUCCUAUCCUUGUAAUUGAAAAGCAAUCCGAAUUGGUGUGAAAUUAAAAAGAGAUAUAUUAUAACUACUGUGACCUUUUUCUUC